AUCUCAUCCUCAUUGCCAUUAAAACUUCAAUCUAAACGUCAUCUCAAUUCAUUUAGUUCUCUUUCUCAUAUUUCUUUCCACUAUCAAGAUCAGUUUAUACUUAUUCAUUCUUCAAUCUUCACCAUUCCAUAUUCAUUGUCUUGAAUUGUGUGUCCCUGUUUUAUUGAGAGGACUUUUCAGAAUCAAAGUCUUCAUUGGCACUUCAGAUUUGACCGAUCAGAAGUUGAAUGAUACCUCGGACUUCUCUUUAAAUCCCACUCCAUUGGUUUUUAUUUCUCUGAAUUCCAUUAGUCUCUAUGCUUCAUCAUGCCACCAAAACUACUUAAACGUCCUAUUUCUGCUAAACAACAGACAAAGCCACAGCCAAAGACAAAGCAAAAGGGAAAAGGUAAAGUCCUGACUGUUUUGGAGGCUCCUAAGACAGCACAAGAUCUUUUACUCAACCAAAAACAAAGUCUCGAGUUGGUUAAGAUUGGUGUCAAUGCUGCUGUAUGUUCUAUAGAACCCUUUUACUUUUGAUUUUGCUAAUCGAUAUAUCGCAGAUCAGCCAUUUUGUCUUUUAUCGACGGUUCUUUCCAAGCAAUUGUUACAAAACCCGAAUCUACAAUGCAUCUGACGCUAAUCCUACAUAUGAAAUUUUUAUGAGCGGCACAAACAUUCCCAAGAACCUCAACUUAAUGGAAGCUGGCGAUGAUAUCCUUUCUUUCAACACCAUUGUGCGAGGAUCGGGAAACCAGGGUGCCGAAAAACUACUUGAUUGGCUUGUAUUUCACCAUGUUCGACUCCAUGAUUUGGCAACUGACUGAUGGCAACUUAGGAAUUCGGCGUUAGUAAUGCUAUAGAUGAUAAAUGUCUGGCGAAACUCCAGCUUUCCGUUUAUCGUGAAGAAGUUGUCCUAGAACAGCUUGUCGAGGCUUUCACUAUAAACUUCACUUACAAAGAUAUUGGAAAUAAUACCCAUGUUCAAAUUUCUGCUUCAACGUCGAACGAGGCUGGACAGAUCAUCAACCUCGGAAAAGCACAAGAGGGCUUAAGGGAGCUGGUUAGACAAGUCAUGAAUUGUUCUCGAGAUAUUAAAGGCAAAUCAUGUAAGUUUACAGCCAUCAAUCAAUUAAUUUUUCAUAUUUGUUAAACGGGAAUAUAGCUGGUCGCAAAGUGAGUAUGCAACUAUUAUACAAUGACAAUCCACGUCCCAAGAACGAAUAUCGUGGAUUUCGUGCUGCAUCAUCAUCACAGAUUCUCCCUGAUAAUUGUGGGUUGUUCAUAGGCGAAAUGAACAAUGGUUUUAACGGGUAUGAAACUGCAGUUCAGCAAUAUGAAGGCAGGUACUAACUUGCGUAGACUCGAGCUCAAAUACUACGAUGCCCCAGCGAUCGAUAGUCAUCUAAAAGCAAAUUCUUCCCGUCGCGCCAAAGAGACCCCCGGUCGAAAUCGUUUCGCCAUGAUCAGAAGCCCCAAACCUACAACGCCAGAAGCAAUCAUUGAUGAUAGUCAGUCUUCCUCGAGACACACCCAAUUCUCACAGAGCCAUGGCUCGCAGGAGAGCACUGUGAGGUGGAUUAACCAGAUUGUAAGUGAUCAAUAAACACACACAAUGGUUCAGCCAGUUUGUAUUUGCUGACAUGGCCAAAUGGAAGGGACGCACCAGAGGAUCCGAUGACAUGGAUACACAACUGCUUUCGAAUCACGCGAGCCAGUCAACCACCUUUGGAAAGCAUAUAACGUUUCCUGAGCCAAAAGAGCUUGAUUAUAUGGACAUUGAGGAAGAAGAAGAAGAAGAAGGAGAAGCGGUGCGCUGUGAGUGUACCAACUACGAUGAUCGUGAAAAUUUGGUAUGUCAUUCUCUCCAUUGGUUUCGCACAUCCUAAGAAGUGCAAAGAUCCAGUGCGAAAAAUGUAGAAAUUUUUGUCACAGCCAGUGCUACGGUUAUAGCAAAGGAAGUGUCGUUGCAAACUUCGAAUGUUAUGAAUGUCUCUUGGCAGAAUCGGAGCAGGAUAUCCUUUUCGAGAAAAUGUACCCUCUUUGCACUCGCAGGCGCAUGGUUUAUUACCUCAAAAAUAACGGCUUCAAUGAUAUGGAAGGCCUUUGCCAGUACAUGAGUAAGUUUACUCCAGCAAAUGUCCGUAUAGAAUUAACCAUCGUUCUAGAUUUGAACUACAAAGAGACACACGCUUUAGUAGAGGCUUUGAAAACAGAAGGAAUCAUCAAGAAAUGUAGCGAUUAUUCCAAAGAGCCAUUCCAAUUUUCCAAUCUUAAGAGACUUCUGGGUGAAUUGUUUGAUCCCUCAAAGCAUAUCUCUCAUACCAAGCUUGUGAGUACUUCAUUAAGCUCCUCCGGGCUCUUGGGAAAUUAAUGGAAAGUUCUAACCCAUCAUAGUUUGUAUCAGCAGCAGCAUCGAAAGUCAACUUAUCCCAAAAAUCUCAAGACCAGGUCCAAGCCCAGCUUACGCCACUCGCUCGGCGUCUCGUACCAUCUGAUGGUCCAACUCGCGGCGGCUUGCGUAGUGAAGGAAGUAGUACUCAGACCCCGAGCUCAUGGAGAAGCUUGCAUAACGAGACCUUGCGCAGAUCGCCACGAGUACCUGCUCAAUCAACCCCUCAACAAUCUAACAAACGUGCUGGUGACGAAAUUUCCGAGAAUGCAGCCAAGAAGAGACGUGCUGCUCUAGAUGCAACUAGUCCUUUCAGCGUCAGAUCAAAUAGUUUGCAUUAGUCACACCAUAGUCUUCGAGAAGUUUGACAGAGAGAUAAGUUCUAUAUUGGCUGGAUUGUUUAAUGAUAUGGUUCGGGAAGGUAUAUCUUUUAUUGAUUGAUAGUUUUUGCUUAGCUUUAACGCUAUUGCAUGUAGAUUAGCUUUUGAUCUUCACAACAUAAAUAGCUUGGGUUGAUGCUUGAUCAAUAAAAUGUCAUGGCAU